CUUUGACAUUUUAUUUUUUAAUCUUUUGACAGAACAGAAUCUAAAUCCAAUGAAAAUUCAAAAAUAAAUAAUAUAGACCAAUAUUAUAUUAUGAAACAGUAAGGAAAAAAUUACGUUAUGGCGACCAAAACUAUUGCAAGUGCCACUGUGAGGGCUGUGAAGAAGCGAUUGCUGCCUUCUCGUGCUGCCUUGGUGCUCACUCCCUCGGCAGUAAACAAGAUCAAGGAAAUAAUGGCUAAAGAGGAGGCUAAAGGGUUCAUCGGGCUGAAAGUUGGUGUCCGGCAGAGAGGUUGCAAUGGUCUCUCCUACACACUGGAUUAUGCUAAGACUAAAGAGAAAUUAGAUGAAGAAGUGAAACAGGACGGAGUCACGAUUAUUAUUGAUAAGAAGGCACAGUUAACAUUAUUAGGAACUGAAAUGGACUUUGUAGAGAAUAAAUUAUCAGCAGAGUUUGUGUUUAACAACCCAAACAUCAAGGGCACCUGUGGAUGUGGAGAAUCCUUUAGUAUAUAGAAAAUACAACAUAGGAAGGCAUUCAUGCCAAUAGUAAUAAAUUAGACAAGUUACUCUAUGCUGUUUCAAGUAUGAAUGCUAAGCACAAUUAAUUAUAUACAUUGACCUGCCAUAUCCUAUCUCUAUCGCACGUGGCACACAGCAAGAUUCAUCACUGUGUGAGUGGCAUUGGCCACUGUGCGAGCAUACAGCAAUAUCAUGCGCGCGCAACAGAAAUAGCAAAUGGCAGGUCAAUGUAUGAAAUUAUUUGUGCUUGGCAUGCUUAUUUUAACAAUAUUUUAUCUCAAUAACCAUUUGACAGUCUUGAGUAUACUGUAUUCAAUAGUAGCAUAUUAAAAAAAAAGAUCUGUAAUGAGUAGUCUAUGUAGACAGCUUGACUAAGGAUCAACACUUUAAUAUGUGCACAUGCUAUGCUACAUUUACCAGCCAAUUAGACAAAUUUAUCUUGCAAAUAUUGCAUGCAUAUUGUGAGGGGUCAUCCAUUAAUUACGUUACAUGAAUUUCUAGGUGUUUUGACCCCUCCCCCCCUCCUUGUCACACUUGGUCACAUUUGGCAAACCCAUCCCCCCCUAGUGUGACGUCACAUUUUUUUCUACGAAAUCGCCAAAUCUAAUUAAGUAAGUACCUAAGUAUUAUUAAUAUUUUAUCAAAAUAUUUUUGGCGAUAUAAAUAUUAGUAAUUUUAUAACCCAAAACUGCUUAGGAAAGAAAAUUAAACGAAUAAAAACGAUUAUCGUUUUAAAAACUUGUUAUUUAAAUGUACAGCGAAUAAAAUAAUUUAAAUAAAUUUUCGGUUACUGAUGAAGUUAAAGUGACGUCACAAAGUUUGUGUCUCCCCCCUCCCCCAUGUCACAAUAUGUCACACUUUCUUGACCCCCUCCCUCCCCCUAAACGUGUGAUGUAAUUAAUGGAUGACCCCUGAGCUUCAGUAAAGUUCGUAGAUGUUGAAAUUAUAACUUAAAAUCAUGCCUAUCUACAUCUAUUUGAGUUUAUAUCAGUACAGUAUUCUCAUUUACAGAACUCAUAAACUACAUUACAUUAUUAUCUGAGGUCAUGAUUACUAUCUUACUUAAAUGGCAAAAAAAAAUUGUGAGUGAAACCAACAUAGUUGGCAAUUCAAUGUAUAUUUUUGUAAUAUACCUGUAAGUUAUAUGCUUAGCUGUAGUUAAAUAAAGGAUUUCUUUUAAUUUAUCUGAUUUUUCUGAACUAAUAAAUAGAUUGAACAAUGAAA